AUGCCAAUCAAGUCUUUGGAAACUUUUCUUUUUGAAAAGGGUCUGGUGGGAACUUAUCCAAUUGAGUCACUGAAGAACGCAACUUUAGGGAUUGAUGUUGAUCAUUAUGUUUCGCGACUUCUCACGGCAAAGAGAGAACAGUAUCUCGAUGCAAUUGGUGGAUUUCCAACAAGCCUGAAGAUGUACUUGGAAUCAGAUCUCCAGGUCUUCCAAGAAUAUGACAUCACGCCCUUGUUUAUAUUCAGUGGAUCACCUGUAGCCAACCAGGCAGAGGCCAGCGGGUAUUACACGGCUUCUGCGUCAGAAGCUGCAGCGGCCGCACUUAACGCUUCGAACUCGGGCCCCAUGAGCUCAGCGUCAUCGCUGCCUGUGCGUACCGUCAAGGAAGCCACCCUUGCUCAAAGACAUAAAGGUUGGACUCAAUGGACCAAUCUCUUGUCUAAUAAUCAAAAUACUUAUAUUGAUCAACCUUUAACGCCAACGGAGCCUUUCCGGUACAAUGUUCCCUUAGACACCAAACGCUUCCAGAGUGAUUUAAUACAGUUUUUCAUUUCGCGGAAAAUCCAUUAUCAAGUAGCACCCUAUUCUUCGUGGUUUCAACUAGCUUACCUUUUGCGCAAGGGUUACAUUGACGCAAUUUACGGACCCACUGAGCUGCUAAUGCUGCAAUCGGUGGAAAAAUUUAUUUUAGGCAUGGAAUUUCCGAACAAAGAGUAUCGAUUUGUCGACAGCAACCGGGUCUUAAGUGAAUUUCGCUGCUCCAAGGAAGAGUUUAUAGACAUUAGCAUGGCGGUGGGUAAUGAUCUUCAGCCCUACACUUUAUCUCCACUUCGGAUUUACCCUAGUCAGCAGUUAUUUGAAAUCGCACUGGAGAUGGUGAUGAAUAGCGGUACAGACUUCUAUGCAUAUCAACUGGUGAAUCCAAUUAAAAGCGAAAGUACGCUAUCUGUGGCACGUUAUCAAAAGGGAGUUUCGGCUUUGAGAUACAUGCCUGUUUUGAAGGAAAAUGGUAAAGUUGAACUGUAUUCCUCGAGUGAGAGGAAUGAGGAAGGAGUUAUAAGUCCCUCUGAUUCUUCUCCGCCUUCUUCAACAGGCUCCUUGGAUGCGAUUCCUAAUGACGUACACGAUGUUGUGGCUCAGAGAUUGCCACACGAAUACUAUUUUUACCGAUCUGUUGGACUUAUUAGUGGGAACGUUCUAGAUGCGAUUACCACAGGAAUAUAUGCUGAGGAGCCACCUUUGGAUGGGGGAUCGUCCAAUUCUUACAGACAGCUAGUGCGUAACUCCGUCGAUAUCUUCAAAAACAAGGAAAUCAAUCAAUUAACACAACCGAUCAACCGCUAUUAUCAAAUCAAACCCAUAAAACAGGUAAAAUGGUUCACUCCAGAUGAACCAGUCACUCUUAUGAACAGAGUGGUUCCUUCAAUAUUCGAAAAAGUCAAUCUCUUGGUUGUAAAGACUGACCAAGUCGAUAGGGAAUUUUCUAUCUCCAAUUUUCUUUCAGUCAUAAUGCAACCGGAAAAUAUGACAGAUUCAUUUGUUUCCGAAAAGGUUUUAUUCCCAAAUAAUGUUCCCCAGAGUAAGAAACUGACAGCGCCAUUCGAUUUGUUGGCGACAGCAUUCUUAAGAUUUUUAACGUUGUUGGAGUUCAUGGACUUCGACGCCGCCACUAAAAAAUUGAAAGUAACUACCUGGGGUGAAGUUCUAUGUUCUUUGACCCAUGAGCAGUUUGAUGCGCAAUUCGUUGAGUCGUACUUCACGCUACUUGUUUUUGUCAAAACCGGCGUUUUAUCGUUGUUCGAAGAAAGCACCCCCCCUACACCAUCAGCAUUAUCAAAGGCAACCUUAAGGUCGUACCCAAAAGAAUCAUCAUUUAUCCUGGCUAUAACACGAGUGCUAAGUGUCUUUCAACUCGAGCAGAAACCUUCGAAUUACCAUGGCCCUGUGGACAGAAAAACUUUAAUAUUCAGAGACCAUGUGGACUACAUCAAGGAAAACCUUAGCGAAUUGUUCGAAGCCACAUUGGUUUCGUCUUUGACGGCUGGCGAAUUCGACAGACUCUCUUUGGAUAACGCUGGUUGGCAACAGAGAGUCGUUGGCACAAUGCCAUUUAAAUUGUCUACACCAAGUACCGUGACUGCCAUGAUUUGGCAAUUCUAUCUUCAGAAGUACCUGCAUAGCGGAAAUUCCAAGACCGAUGCUUUAGCCUUAAUUGUGACUUUAUUCAAUACAAGCAAAACCAUUCCAAGUCUAGAUGAAGAGCUCACAAGAUCGCUGAAGUUCAUGAGACAAUUUUCAAAGCUGUUACAAACUCUUUCUGAGGCAGGUUUGUGCAAGAGAGAGGAGUACGAAAUUUUUGUGGAUGCAGUGGCAUUUGCAGAGCAAGCCCUAUAG